AUGGGGGGAGACCAAGAAGAAAAGAAAGGAGACGGAAAGGAGGGAGAGACUGGUGAAAAGGCAGAGGUAGCUGGAGGGGAGGAAGGAGAUACAAAGGGUGCAGAAGCUGGUGAGAAAGGAGAACCUGGGCCCAAGGGUAAAGAUGUGGAGGGAAAGAAUGGAGAUACGCCAAAGAGGAAAAACAGCAAAAUUGAUGACCCAACAGCAGAGUCGAAGAAACACAAGAAGGACACGGCAGAGAAGAAACAGGAGGAGCCUUUACCGAACUUUCCAGACACACUGGCUGGAUUCAAAUAUGCCUUCAAUGAAGAAGGUGGGUUGUAUUUAUGA